AUGUCUUCUUCGUUUGUACGUUUAUCACUUCUUGGCUUAGCUCUCGUGAACUCGGUCAUAUCAGACGACGAAUGCCAGCCAUCGACCUGGAAAGCUAGCGCCAUGGCUCCCGGUGGAAUCAACUGUCGACUAAGCACUCUCACUGGGCCUCAUGUCGAUUCUAGCGCCUGCGACUCCAUCAUCAAGAAGUAUCACAUCACUCUAGACACAUUCUAUGAGCUGAAUCCUAGACUGAAUGAUGAUUGCAAUACUAUUCAACCCAAUAUCAGAUAUUGCGUGGAAGGAUUUCCCGAACCACUUCGUGCCUACAAUGGUCUUUGUGGCCCUGAUCACGGCAAUGCGACAUGUGUAGGAACAGAUAGGCAGUGCUGUAACAAGAAAACAUGGACAUGUGGUGAUACAGCCGAUGAUUGUACUAUCAAUUGUUACGAGGGGAACUGCUACUAG